AAUCACGUUGUCUUUUUGGAUAGUGGUUAUCGAAAGUGCUUAUUUAACUUAAGUCCUAUCAUAAUAUUCAAUAUCAGCAUAAGAGAAAAUUAUAAAUAAACACCAUCAUCUUUCCCAAGUGCUUCUCCUCAUGACAUGAGUAAACCUGGUCCCCUGCCCCAGCAAAGUGUGUCAAUGGCAGGGCUUCAGCACUCCCAACAACCUCAACCAAUCAUGCCUAAACCAACUGUUAGUGGAGCUGGGACUGUACCUCACCAACAGCUUUCUGGACCUCAGACUGGGAUCACGUCAUUCUAUCCACCAUCAGCACAAAAUGUGCAUAACAUGCACCCGUCGAACCUCUCUACAAUGAAUACAAACCCAUCUGCCCUGAACCAUGCCCCCCAGUAUCAGACACAGAUGGGUGUUAUAUACCCAGGAAAUCACACGUAUGGAGCUCAUAUGGCUCCACAACCAGUGCUGAUGCCGGGUUCAGUACCAACUGUUCCUUAUCAUCAUCGGCCUCAACAAUAUGGGACCAGUUCGCAGCAUUCCUUGUCCACCACUCAUCCACAUAUGUUUUUGACAACGGCAAACCAUCAUUAUGCUUUUAACCCACAGAUGCAACAACAAUACUAUUAUUCGGUUGUUCCUUCUAUGAUGGGACCACCAGCGAUGCCUCCACUUUCUCAAAAUGUAACUUCCAGUACAGUUGUAAGGGAAAAGAAGAUUCUUCGACUUCAAGACCCGAACACUGGGCAGGAUGUAACUGAAACAAUUUUGAAUAGUAAAGAAUCAAGUAGUAAUACUACCAAUGAUAAUACAGGAAAAGAGAUCAUUGCACAGUUUGCCACUCAAGUAGCUGCUGCCGCCACAUCAAUAACCUCUAAGAAAGAACCAAAUUCAAGAGAAACUCCACCACAGACCACUGUCUCAUUAGUCUCAACGUCAGCCGUAGUAAGUCCUAGCACUUCUAGUAAUAUAACUGUGUUAAACAAUCAGUCUAUGCAAGCAGAGACAAAUCACGUUAGUGAAAAAGACAUCUCUGUUGGAACCUCUUUGAAGAUAGAUAAAGUAGAUAAAGCCAUUAAUGAUGAUGUUACUUGUAGACUGCCAAGUGAAAAACCUGUGGGAGCUCAGGAUGGGGAGUUAGAGAUGUCAGCUCCUUCCAAGUCCAAUCUUAAUGUUCCCAAGCUUGACGUUUCCCCAGAGAAAUCAACCGUGUUUAAUUCUGCUGAUGAACCAGAUGAAUGUAUUUCUUCUGGAAAAGCUGACAUUCUGGGCACUACAAUCAGUGAUCUACCACAAGAAAGUAGUUCUGAUGUCUUUGCUCCUACUUGUUCUAGCAGUAUUCAAGAUUGUAGUGAACUCAGUAUCAAUGAGCCAGCUGAAGAUAUGGCUCCAGUAUCUAUUACAUCCCAGCUAGAAGUGGGAUACUCAAACGCUGAAGUUGUUCCUUCAGUUGACAGGGAAGUUUGCACUGAGAUAGAAAUGAAACAUCAGCAGACACUUCCAGAAAACAUACAAUGUGCUACUGAUGAUAAACCACCUACAAAACUUAAACCAGAGAUGGAGGUUGAUAAAAAGGAAGAGAAGUUAGAUUCAAGAAAUUCUUGCGUAACAGAACCUCGUGAAAUUCAAGGAUCCCAAGAUAUUGGAAGUGCAUUGUCCACUGAAGAAGAGAAAAGAAUUAGUGAUAACAAGAAAGGUUGGAGCAAGAAGAAAAAGUUUAGAGAACUCAAUAAAAAAGGAGAAAUCAAAGAUGGGGGAGAUUUGGAUGCCUUUGUGGACAAAGAAGAGCCAGUAAUUACAACACCAGUAACAGAAAGUGAGGUACCAAUAACAAAUGAAAUGUCUUCCGUAAAGCCUAUUGAACCUCCAACCUCUGUUUCAAGUGCUAAAGAUGAGACUGAGGCCCCUGAGGAGGAACAAAAAGUUAUUGAGAGAAAUGAAGAGAAUUCAAGAGUAACGGUUGAUGGUGUAAUAGAAACUGAAGAAAAAGAAAUGACUGAAGUUGAACCUCCGAAAUCACAAAUAACUCUGAAGUACAACUAUCCAGAAGAUCAGUGGAGUCCUCUUAAUCAAGAAGGAAAGAAACAGUACGACCGUGCCUUCCUACUUAUGCUUCAGAUACAGCCCUACAAGAAGCCUCAAGGAUUACCUAAUUUAGAUAUAAUCAAAGACAAGGGUGUUCAAACCAAAGUCACUGAUAUGAAAUCGCGACCUCCCCCUCUUCAAGCAAGAGAUCAUCCAGAUCCUUUUGUACCAGCUUAUGCACGGAUGGGCACUCCUCGGCUUCCCCCAGGUGGCAUGAACCGAAGAAUUAGCCAACCUAGUAGGGAAAAACACAAAAAAGUUAUAAACAUUUCAUCGUCUCUCAACAAGGAUGUUAAACUUCAUGAAGCUCAGAAUGCUUGGAAGCCGUUAACCAAAGUUUCUAAAGAAAGUGGUGACGAUGAAGCCAAGACAGAGGAGUUGUACAAGCGGGUCAAGGGCAUACUGAAUAAGUUGACACCACAGAAGUUUCAGACGUUGGUUAGCCAAGUCCUUGAACUAGAUAUUGACACUGAAGAGAGGUUGAAGGGAGUGAUUGAUCUAGUCUUUCAAAAGGCAAUUCAAGAGCCUGCAUUUAGCGUCACUUAUGCCAACCUGUGCAAAACUCUGGCUGUGUGUCAUGUAACCUCUUCUGAUGGUCAGCAGGUGAAGUUUAAGAAACUUUUGUUAGUCAAAUGUCAGCAAGAGUUUGAAAAAGACAUUGAUGCUGAUAUCAACAAGUCUGAAUACCUGAAGAAGAUAGAAGAGGCAGAGACAUUUAGGUUUAUUGGAGAAUUGUUCAAGCUAAGCAUGCUAACUCCCAAGAUCAUGGACAGUUGUAUACACAAACUGUUAUCUCAACAAGAUGAAGAUUCUUUAGAGUGUCUUUGUCGGCUCCUGACUACUGUUGGAAAGGAGCUAGAAGGAGACAGGGGCAAAAACAAAGUCUGGACUCAACAGAUGGAUAACUACUUUAAAACCAUGGAGAACAUUGUGAAGAAACGACUUACUUCCUCCAGGAUAAGAUUUAUGUUACAGGAUGUAAUAGAUCUUCGUAAGAACAACUGGGUGCCAAGGAGGGAUGAAAACAACCCCAAAACAAUUGAUCAGAUCCACAAAGAAGCCAAGAUGGAAGCUCAAGAACAGGAGAUGUUACUUCAACAAGUGAUUCCCCAAAAAAGACCCGAAGACAGGGAUAGGAGAAAAAACCGGGGUAACACCUCAUAUUCAGAAGAUGGCUGGAGCACAGUUUCAAACAAACAUAGAACACAGAUAGAUCCUAAUAAGAUAAAGCAACUAUCUAAGAACCAGCAAGAUACGGAAAGUAUCCAGUUAGGCCCUGGGGGUAGAUCCUUCUCGAGUUGGGGACGGGGAAGUAGUGGUGGAACUAAGCCGGCUGCUGUAGACAAUGAACCUAAAGUUUCAGUGCCUUCAAAUAGGUUCUCAGCGUUAGCAGCAGAGCAAAAUAUACCUGCGUAUGAAUCUAGAAGAGGUCCUCAGAGAUCAACACCUUCAAGUAGAGAAUCAAGCAGAGGUAGAGCCAGUCAUUUUCCUCCUCCAUCUGUUAGAAAGACACCUUCUCAAACACUGCCUAAAGAGAAGGAACAGUUGAUUGAGACAGUCAAGUCUUUCACUAAAGAGAAACCAAAACCUGAACCUAAGAAGAUAAAGGAACAAGCUCUGACAAUGACUGAUAAUAGUCUGAAAAGUGGACAUUUAACGGAGGAGGAAAUCGAUAACAAGACUAAACAGUUGAUUGAUGAGUUCCUGCAUCUUCAAGAUUUUAAGGAGGCAGUUCUUUGUGUUUCAGAGGUCUUUUCUCAGUCUACUAUUUGUUCUUUCAUUUCUUCUGCCAUUAAUCAAGUUCUUGAGCGCUCUAGUCAGGCUCGACACUUAGUUGGUCAACUGUUUCAUGAUUUGGUACGAAAAAAUAUUCUCUCUGUUGAGCAGUAUGUCGAAGGGCUAAAAUCUGUCUUAGAAUUAGCCGAUGAUUUCGAGAUAGAUAUUCCAAAGAUUUGGCUGUAUCUAGGGGAACUCGUAGGCCCUAUGAUCCAAGAUGGAAGUAUACCCCUUAUUGUCCUUAAAGAUGCGGCCCAACCUUGUGUAGCUAAUGGUACUGCCGGAAAACUUUUAUCAGCAGUGCUUCAUGUAGCUGCUGAAAAACUGGGAUCUAUCAAAGUGGGCGAGUUAUGGAGGACAUCUGGAUUACAGUGGAAAGAUUUGCUCAAACCAGGAGAGAAUGUUGAUGAAUUUAUCCAAACCAAUAAACUAGAAUUUACUCUGAAUGACAGUGAGCCACAGCCUGACACCUCACUCUCCAAUGAAGCUAUAAAGAAAGAAUUGAACUUUCUUCUACAGAAAAAAAAAGCUAAUAAUGAGGAAAUCUUGGACUGGAUUGAGGCUCACAUCGGUGAGAAGAGAAGCAAAGACUCUCAGUUUAUUCGUGUGUUAGUCACCACUCUCGUAGAAAGUGCCAUUGAAGAAAACCAGAACAGGUAUGAAUUGAAUAAGAAGGUUGUGGCUGCAAGAACACCCAUUUUCCAACGCUACUUAGACCACAAAGAACUCCUUGAACUCGAAGCACUCUAUGCUUUACAACAUCUGGUACACAGAUUAGAACACCCAAAAGGACUUUUAAGAGAGAUAUUUGAUGUAAUGUAUGAUGAAGAUUUAAUAUCAGACGACGCCUUUACUCAGUGGCAGAAGAGUGAUGAUCCAGCUGAAAAAGAAGGCAAGGGUGUGGCCCUAAAGUCUGUAACAUCUUUCUUCACGUGGCUAGAAGAAGCUGAACAGGAAUCAGGAGCCUCUGGCACAGAUUCUUGAAGUUAUAGAUAAGCUUAUGAAACAAUGAAUAAAACUUUUUUGUCCUUUAGGGAUUGCGGUUUGUAAGAAGAAAAAAAAUGUGUGGGGGGGAACAAUCAACAGUUACUGGACAUAUCUGAGACAACAAGUAAUGUUACUAAAUGGAAAAUAUUUGUUUUUAUUCUAAAAACAGUUUGUGAAACUGUAUUCAUGAAACCACAUUGUUUUGUGGUCAGUAGGUAGUUACCAUGUGUUAUUGAAAUGUCCUGCUUAUUUUUGUAUCAUCUUGAUUUUUUUUUUUCAG